UCCCAUGCAUUCCUUUUGAGUCCUCUUCUCUCUGGCUAAGUUCAAGCUGAUAAACAACAUAAGUAUUGAGCAGGGAUCGAUCGAUGUUUUCAAAAACUUUAAUAAUUCAUUUGUUCAAAUACUAGGUUCGGUCAAUCAGAUCGAACCAUCUGUAGAAAUGUCGGCCAUGGAAGCAAAUACCAAAUGGAUGAGCCGUACUAAAGUUGUAUUGCUGAUGCUUUGUUUGGUUGCUGCGGUAUCUCUUACUGUCACGGUUUUCCAUGUAUAUGAUCAAAACCAACAACUGAACAACCAGGAUUUCGUUACUACUGGGAAUUUGAAGGAGGCAUUCCAACUGAAAAUCGAAAUUGGAUACAUUUCUGCAGCAUCUAAUUGGUUGAAGAACCUUAUCUUCAAUGGAUUUUGGGGAGGAAGAAAUGGGCCAACUAAUUCUGAAAUAAUUAGUGGGGGGGAGAACCAUGAAGGAUUGGAUCUUGAUCUGGAUCGUAGAGUAAUUAGUCCAAAUUUAUCGUCUUGUCAUGAUUCUCAUGCAGUACCAGAUGGAACGAUGAUUAAUUGCUGUCCACCUAAACCGGAAUCAGAAGAAGACAUAAUCGAUUUCGAGUUACCAGCUCCAUCAACUCUCCGUGUUCGUAGACCUGCUCAUCUACUUGACGAUGAAUACAUUGCUAAGUACGAGAAAGCCGUGGCUAUCAUGAGAUCCCUCCCUUACACCGACCCAAGAAGCUUCAAGCGCCAGGCUAAUCUGCAUUGUAUCUAUUGCACAGGCUCUUACAACCAAAAAUACUCCAAUUCCAUCCCCUUUUAUGUCCACAGGAACUGGUACUUCUUUCCUUGGCACAGAAUGUUUUUAUACUUCCAUGAGAAAAUUCUUGGAGAUCUCAUUGGAGAUGAAAACUUUACGUUGCCUUUCUGGCAGUGGGAUACACCAGAAGGAAUGUCAUUUCCUAGUAUGUAUAUGAAAGGAGCAUUGGUCGACAAAGAGCGCAAUCCUUCUCACCUCUCUCCUCAGUCGACAGUUGACCUCAGUUACCACUAUAAUGAAACUGAACUCAGUCGCGGAGAUUUAAUAUCAAGUAACCUUGCUUUCCUGUAUAACCAAUUUGUUUCAGCAGCUACAACGUAUGAAUUAUUCAUGGGUUGCCCUUUUAAAGUUGGUGAAGCGGGUGAAUGUUAUGCGCUAGGGACAAUGGAAGCUGCACCACACGACACAGUACAUGGCUGGGUCGGAAAAUUAUCCAAUAAUUAUCAUCAAAACAUGGGUGCCUUCUUUUCAGCAGCUAGGGAUCCUACUUUUUUUGCACAUCAUGCCAACAUCGAUAGAAUUUGGGAAGUCUGGAGAAAAUUGGGGAAUUACAAAAGAGACAUUGUGGAUCCUGACUGGCUAAAUGCAUACUUCUACUUCCACAAUGAGAAGUCACAACUUGUUCGUAUAAGAGUUCACCAAAUCUUAAAUAUAACCGCCAUGGGCUACAGAUAUCAGAAGGUCGACUUGCCUUGGUUGAAUGUUAAACCUAAGCCAUCAGUAUCACCAAAAAACGCUCAAAACAAACCGAAGAUGAACAUGAAAAAUUAUAGUACAGGAGGAUCUGACCAAGAGUUGAACAAUGUAUUGCAACUGGUGACUGAAAAAAGUUCAUGCUUUGAGCCUAAUGGUCGAACUUUAGACAAUAAUCUCAAAGUAAGGGUUUAUCGACCGAGAAAGAACAGGAGCAAGAAAGACAUGGAAGAAGAGGAGGAAAUUUUGGUCGUCUAUGGCAUAGAUGUGAAGACAGAUAUGUUUGUGAAGUUUGAUGUUUUUAUUAAUUUGGGGCUCGAUGGCUGUGAAAAGACUAGUGAUAUCAAUCUUGGUCCAGAGUCGAGAGAAUUUGCAGGGACUUAUGUUAAGUUACACGAUGGUGUUAGGAAAGUUAUGAAUGAAGGUGAAACAAUGACUGAAAGGAAGAGCAAGACUGAUCUUAAGUUGGGAAUCUCGGAGUUACUAAAAGAUCUUGAAGCAGAUGAAGAUGAAAGUAUUUUGGUUACAUUGGUCCCGAGAAAUGGUUCCGGAGUCAACACUACCAUAGACGGGGCUCGCAUUGAUUUUAUGCCACGAUAUACCCAAUAAAUGAAGCUUUCAUAGCCAUUUUCGUUAUCUAUUUGAAUAAGAGCCAUUUUUCGUGUUCCAUAUAUGUGUAAGAAUUGUUUGGAUCUUCGCUGACAGCGAGACCCUGUCCCCACUUAACCACCUGUUGUAACAGGUGUGGGAUUUUAAUCUAAAAGGCCUCCGUGCUAUGUAAGGAGAUGCCCAAACUUAUUAGGCACCACAUGUACUUUCUCUUAUUUCAUGUGGGACUAUCCUAGCUAUACAUAUGUGGUUUACAUCGCGCCACAUACUCGAACAAGAAUUUGUUUCUUUUUUCCCUAAUUAAUUUGCUAAGUUUGUUCGAGUUAUUUUCCACUUUGAUAAUAAAACGUUCCGACAAGCUUGAUAAGUUUGUUCGGUCUUGAAGCUA